AUGUCAGUGUUUCUUGUGCAAAUCCAAAUCCAAAUCCAAAGAUGAUGCUUUCAACCGUUUUCUCCUCUCCCCACCAAACCCUUAAACCCCCUCUUCUCCAUCACCUCAAAACCAAUUCAUUUUCUCGAUUCCCCCUUCAAAACUAUGGCCAAAUUGUUCCAUGUCCUUCCUGUUUAACCAAAAUUCGUUCACUUGAACCAUCACUUAACUCCAGUUACCUUGGAUUUUCCCAAAGCAAAAGAUUCGGUUUUUCAUAUAACAGAAAAUGUGCAUUUUCUGUAAAUUCAGGGAAGGCAGACGGAGGAGAGAGUAAUAACAGUGAUGGAAGUUCUGAAGAAGCUGAAAAAUUGGCCAGAGGCGAGAGUACAAUGCCUGAACGGUUCAAGUACUUGACCAAACAAGCACCUGACCCUCCUUUGAGGUGGCCUUGGUUUGUUGCACUUGCAUUUCUUAUAUAUACAUGGAGGGCAGUUCUGUUUGAACUGGCUAAUUGGAGAAAGACUGCGUUGAGUGUCGCUCGAUUUGUUGGUUACCUCCUAAAGUUCAUCUUAGCCCUUAUCUUCCAUUUCAUAGGAGAUCCGAUUACUUCCCUGAUCAGAUGUGUAGAAACUGCUAUCUAUAGCAUUCGAGCAUUCUACUCUGGGAUUGUGGCCUAUACUCCUAUCCCUGAAUUGACUGUGGUUAUCAUGCUUGCAUCAGCAGUUCUUGCCAUUGCAGAAGCUGCUGUUCCAAAUGCUGUUAGCAGCCAGCCACAUCUUCUUACAUUAGCUGGCCUAAUUGGCUAUGCUGCUGUAAAAAGCUACAUCUCUGAGCCAUUCUUCUGGACACUUCUGCUGGGAAUGUAUGGUUACUCACGAUUAAUUAAAAAGAAGGAUGAUGUUACAUCUGCAUUACCUGUUGCAGCUAUUUUAGCUGCCAUUGGGGAGCCAUGGGUUAGAAUUGUGGUGAUGGCUUUGUAUAUAGCUCUAGCUAUUUCUCACCAUUAUAAAAAGCUUUCAGAAGGAAAGGAGGAAGUUGAAGUAUUAGCAACAGAUAGGAAGGUUCCAUUGCCAUUGCUAGGUGCUGCCUUGGCCAUUGGAAUCCGUGUUGCUGCUAAGUGGGCAGGGUAUCGGCACUUGACGUGGAUGAUAGUAUGAGGACAAAGCACUCCUCCACCCACCCUUCGUCACAUUGCAAGGAAAGUGAUCUUUCUGAAAGACUCAACCGGUAAAUAAUUUGCAGCGGCAAUCUAAUUUUCUGCUGUUGAAUUUUCAAUUUUUUCUUAUGUGAUGAUCUUUUUGUUUACCUUUUGCACUUGGCGGCAUCUCAUGUACACUCAAAGUAGUGAACUGUCAACUAGUUUCAGGUUACUGGGAGAAAUAAAAAUCUGAUUAUUUGGCCAUAUUUCAUAGCUAUACCUUCUGAACUUUUAGUUUCCGGGGGACAAUGUUCUAGGUGCAAAGUUAUGUUU